GACAAAAUGUGGAGCAGAAUCAAUCUGUAUUCAACCAGCUUCAGAUGGUGCCUCUGGAGAUGAUCACCAUUGCACCCAACAUUCAGAGCCUGAGUCUACUUCCAGCAAACAAGUUACAAAAUGUGGAACAGAAUCAGACUGUAAUUAUCCAGCCUCAGAUGGUGCCUCUGGAGAUGAUCACCAUUGCACCCAACAUUCAGAGCUCGAGUCUACUUCCAGCAAACAAGGGUUAACAUUAGGUGAAAUGUUUACUGGAAAUCAGUACCAUAAACUGCAAUCACAAGUUGAAACAAGCAUUUCUCAGCUUGAUGAUGUAAGCAGGGGUGAUGACCGCUCCAUUAGUAGUAUGGAAUGCAGUGAAGAGGAGUAUGUCCCUGAAUCUUCAGAUAGUAGCUCGGAUGAAAGUGACUGCAGUCUUUCAAUUUCUAAAAGGAAGGUCAAGACAGUUACAAAAAUCUGUCCUUCACUUAGUUCUAGCACUGGUCACUGCAGUGUUGUAGAUGUGGAAGACACUGAAGUUAAACCUGAUCAGUCAAGCUCAGUUUCAGUCAAAGGAGUGUCAAAAGCAACCAAUAAAACAAGAGUGUAUGACAAGAAACAGUACUGUUUGUUUUGCAGCAAACCACUAUCAAAAAUGGCAAGACAUUUAGAGCAGGUGCAUAGCACAGAGUCUGAAGUUGCAAAAGCUUUGACUUUUCCAAAAGGUUCAAAAGAAAGGAAAAACUUACUAGAUCACCUCAGAAAUAGAGGGAAUUUUGCACAUAAUGCUGAGGUUCUUCAGUGUGGAAAAGGCGAGCUUGUACCUUAUAAGAAGCCCCGACAAGAUAGUGAUUCAAUCAAGUUUGUGCAUUGCUGUAACUGUCAAGGACUCUUUGCUAAAAAGUUUCUUUGGUGUCAUAUGAAGCGAUGUAAGAUGAGCAAAAAUUAUCCAUCUAAUCCCAAACCAGGAAAGAACAGGUUGCUUUCACAAAGUGCUUACAUGGGACCUGUGCCUCCUGGAACUAGUGCUGGUUUGUGGAAACUUUUCAGUAACAUGACCCAUGACAAGGUGGUACUUGCCAUUAAAACAGACUUGUACAUAAGAAGAUUGGGAGAGUAUUUUUACAACAGAGUUGGCUCAGAUGUUAGCAAACACGAAUAUAUCAGACAGAAGAUGAGAGAAAUUGGAAGGUUGUUAAUUUCAGCCAGGGAAGUUACUCCUUUGUGUAAAAUAGAGGAUUUUGUUGAUCCAGCUAACUUCAUGCAUGUCAUCACCGCUGUCAAAAAAGCUUGUGGUUAUGAUGAAGAAAAGUGCACAUUUCAACGACCAUCACUUGCAUUAAAGUUGGGUCACAGCUUACAGAAGAUUGCUUCUUUGGUCUCAUUUCAAGCAAUGAUGGAUGGGGACAGUGAAAGAGCAAAGAAAGCUAACAACUUUUCAGACAUGUAUGCAUCAAGAUGGAGUGAACUGAUAUCAUCACAUGCACUUAGAACGCAGAGAGAAGUUAAGUGGAAUGCUCCGCUUAUUCUUCCUUUUACUGAGGAUGUGAAAAUGCUUCAUUUGUAUCUUGAUCAAAAGCAAGAAGAGAGUUUUGAGAAACUGUCAUCAGAUGCUUCCUCUAAGAACUGGACACAUCUAGCAAAGGUUACUCUGGCUCAGACUAUUCUUUUCAAUCGCAGAAGAGAGGGUGAGGUCUCAAAAAUGCCAUUAACAUCAUUUAUCAACAGAAACACUGAUAACUUGCAUGAAGAUGUUGCUCUCGCACUUUCAGAGCUUGAAAAGAAACUCUGCCAUCAUUUUACUCGAAUUGAAAUACGUGGAAAGCGAGGACGAAAGGUUCCAAUUCUUUUAACACCUGCUAUGCAAAAGAACAUGGAGCUUCUUAUAAAAACAAGAGAAUCGUGUGCAAUUCCUUCUGAAAGCAUCUACAUGUUUGCACGUCCUGCAGCACUUUCACACCUAAGGGGAUCUGAUUGUGCUAAGGUUUUUAAGAAAAAGAAAUGGGACACCAGUGAAGUGAAAGCGGUUGAAAAACACCUGUACACGUUCAUUAAAUCUUGCAGAGUGCCAGGAAAAAAAGAGUGCACCAUUUUGGGUGAACCUUUUGGGGUUAAAGUGGGCCUGCACCUGUGGCCUGCUCGGCACCAUCGGCCUCGUGUGCAGCCUCGCCCACCACAGAAUGUGGCUUCCAAUCAGCCGACGGAAAACUAG